AUGAAAAAAAAAGUGUCGCAGUCUCAGUCUCAAUCUCAGUUUCUUAUGGCGUUUUUGAACGUUAACUUUGGGGAGGUUAAACAUGAUGAUGCAGAUGGAGAUGAUCAUGACUUGUUCUUCACACCCUUGUCAUCCCCAAACAAGGUUGUCCCCAAAAAGGAAGUCCUCCAAAAAGUGGUGCAGCGCAAUCUUGCAGCACAUCAAGGCUCUUCUUCCAUUCAAAAUGCGAAGAAAUACCUCAAGUGA